UUUAUCUUUUUACAUAUAAUUUACUAUGCCACAGAGAAGCCCAGAGGAAUUAAAAGGAGACAUUCAACGUGCAGUACAAAUAUUGGAAUUAUUUACAAAUCCAAAAAAAGGUCGAGAUGUCAAGAUGCUUAUUCCCUCAAGUGUUCUUAAAAAUGCCCAUGGAAUUCUAUUUAUUCGAUUAACGAGAAUUGGAUUAUGGCUUUCGGCAAAGAAUGGAACUGGUAUUAUUAUAGCAAGGUAAAGACAAGAAAAUAAAGACAAUGUAUUAUUUAUACAAUGUGUUUAAAAUUAUAAAUGAACAUUUGUUGUAGACUCCCAGAUGGCAGUUGGUCUGCUCCUUCUGGCGUAUCUAUGUCGUCAUUUGGUGUUGGACAGCAAAUAGGUGGGGAAGUGAUUGAUUCUAUUAUUGUCAUGAAUUAUCGAGCAGCAGUAAAAGCAUUUUUUGAUGGAGGAGGACAACUUCAAUUAGGUAUAGGAGUUUCUUUAGCAGCUGGACCUUUUGGUCGUGCAGCGGAUAUUUCAGCUUCAGCAUCUAACUCAAGCCAUAUUGCUGCUACAUACUCUUAUUGUUCUUCUAAGGGACUUUAUUUUGGAUAUUCCCUUGAGGGAUCUAAGAUCUCUGAACGGGUGAAUACAAAUCAGGCCUAUUAUGGUCGACCCAUUUCAGCACGUGAGAUUUUAACAGGUGCUGUUCCACCUGUAGAGGAUGCUGCUCGACUUUAUGAAAUUUUGAAUUCUUUAGGAGCUGGACCUCGACCUGGUUUACCUUUUGCUCCUACAAAGUCUAAAUAUGCCAGUCCUGAAACAUCUUCGAUCACAUCCAGUUUAGACAAUCGAAUGCCAUAUGCUCCAUCUACUACCUCUACUUCAAAUAUAGAAGGUUCAAAUCAUGCUCAUCAACAACCAAAAGCUUCAGAAGAGGAAUAUGAGGAUCCUCCACCCCCUUAUCAGCCAUCUAAUACUAAUACUCUGCCUCCACAUAGAAUAGAUUCCAAGACAACUUACAAUGAGCCAUCUUCUUCUACUACACAUACGAAUCCUUUUUAUGGAAAUGAUUUGAAGGAAUCAACAUCACAACCUAUUCAUCAUAACGACAUGACAGUCGUAGUAGCUAAAUAUGACUACCACAGUGAUCAAUCCUCUGAUCUUUCAUUUCAAACAGGUGAUCAUAUUAUUGUUACAAAGCGAUUAGAUAAUAGAGAAAGUUGGUGGGAAGGUGAAAUUGGAAAUAAACGAGGCUUUUUCCCUGCCAAUUAUACAGAAGACUUGGAUUAAAUUGAUGAUAGAAGAAGAAUGAUCGGAUCUAUAAAAGCCGAACACACUAUUAUUUAUGCAAUCCGAUUGUAUUUCGUAGUCCGCUUAAUUGUACAACAACUUUUUUUUUCUUAUUUUUAUUGUAUUUCUUUAUUUUAAGGAGAAU